CUGUCUUCCAUCUACUCUACAUGUUUACAGAUGACAUCACUAGGAAGCUAGAUGACCACAAUGGGAAGCUAGAAAUACUGACUUCUCAGCUGGAUUUUGUGAACACAAACUGGAGUCCAGACUUUGAAACCAUCAGAAGACAUGCAGUGGAUGUGACUCUAGACCCUGAUACUGCACAUCGUAACCUCAUCCUGUCUGAUGACGGGAAACAAGUGAGACAUGGAGAACUAAAUCAGGUUCUCUCUGACAACAGGAAGAGGUAUAAAAAUUGGUCCGGUGUCCUCGGAAAUGUGGGCUUCUCAAGGAAGUUCUACUAUGAGGUGAAGGUGGAGGGGAAGACUGAGUGGACUUUGGGAGUGGUCAGAAGGUCCAUCAAUAGGAAUGAGAGGUCUAGACCGAUCCCUUAUAAAGGAUACUGGACUGUGGAGCUGAAGGAUGGAAAGUACACAGCUCACGCUGAUUCCCCUCUCACCCUCUUACUGAGAGAGAAGCCCCUGAAAGUGGGUGUGUUUGUGGAUUAUGAGAAGGGACAGGUAUCCUUCUACAAUGUGGAGGCCAGGUCUCAUAUCUACUCUUUCACACGCUCCAAAUUUUCUAAGAAACUCUAUCCAUUCUUCAACCCUGGUGGUCCAGAUAGUAUUUCACUGGUCGUCUGUCCUGUGGAUGCCACUGACUGA